AUGAUUCAAAAUGAUGAAUUUGGAAAAAGCUCGAAGGACAAAAGCCGGAAUUUAGUGAACAAAAGCCUUCUUCUGGCAGAAUAUACAUUCGUGCUUCAAGUUCUUCUUCGGGUCAUUACCUUUGCCUUAAACGGACUUACCUACCGUUGGCUAGACGCAGAUUUCCUUGGACUCGUCAACUUUCGUCUUGCACUUUACUAUUCAACGCUCGUAUUUAUGGCACGUGAGUCUUUCCGCCGUGCUUGUCUUAGUCGUGGUGGGGAGAUACUAUUUGGUAACAGCUCUGCGGCCGAUGCGUGUGCGAAUUGGCGGCGCCUCCUUAAUGUUAUGUGGCUGACAGUUCCUACAGGCGCGCUGGUUUCCUGUGUUCUCUUGCCCAUUUGGAUCUAUCUCUGGCCCUCCCCCUCUGUCGAAUCCGUCACUUCUUCUACGGAGCACCAAUACAUCGUAUCUUGCCUCAUCUACACCUUAUCUGCCAUGCUAGAGUUAAUUACGGAACCGAUGUGGCUUGUUUGUCAGCUUGGCCUCUUUGUGCGAUCGCGUAUUGUGCUGGAAGCUACAGCGAAUAUUGCUCGUGCUGUCGGUGUUGUCGUCGCUGUCUAUUAUGGUCCCGUAGCUACCCAUGGCCUUUACCUGUUGACUUGUCCCCAGAUUCUACACGGAACAACGCUUCUCCUGGGCUACGUAUUCUUUGCUAUUUGGCUUGUUAACCGGACUCAACGGGAACCAGAUGAACCGCUCGACCGGAUUUCCUUAACAAGUGUCUCUGAGCUUCUACCAAACGUUCAUAAGUUCUCGUUGGACUGGUCAUGCCUUUUUCUCUCAUGGAGCUUUUUCCGGCAGGGCAUAUUGAAACAAUUUCUCACCGAAGGUGAACGGUACCUCAUCAGUGCAUUUCAUUUACUCAGUUUUGCAGAUCAAGGUAUUUACGAUUUGGUCAACAAUAUUGGCUCCCUUGCACCACGACUUCUAUUUUACCCUAUUGAGGAGAGCUGCCACCUCCUAUUCUCCCAGUGCAUCCAGCGAGAACUUCCGCCCAAGCAGCAAAAUGAGGUGCUUCUUCGUCAAGCUAUGAAGAUGUUUCGCACAAGCCUCCGGGUAGUGGCGUUGAUCGCUUGGUUAGGCUUCGCCUUCUCCCAAGCUUACUCUCGUCUCCUCCUUUACUUCUACGGGGGGAGUCGACUAGUCAAUGCGAAUCCUGAAGCUGCUAAUCUACUCAGGCUUUUUGCCCUUUAUCUAGUUCUGCUGGCCUGGAAUGGUCCCACAGAAGCUUUCCUUGGCGCCACCAUGACAGCGGAGAACGUCCGCCGACACAGUCGUUGUUUGGCCGGAUUUUCAGUUGUCUUUUUGGGCGCCUCCUGGUGUUUGGUUCCUCUGUGCGGUGCAGCCGGUUUCAUUCUUGCCAAUUGUGUCAAUGUCUUGGCUCGCAUAAUUUACAGCUGCUAUUUCAUCAACCGCUUCGUUGUCAGCGCGGAAGAAAAUCACGAUUAUUCCCCCGAAACCCUUGCGGAGUUGCGUUCCUUCUCCUUAUUGCAACUGAUGUUCCCCUCGCGCCUCCAAACGGUGGUUUUAGUGAUCACUCUUUUCGUCACACUUUUCUCUGAGGUAAUUCCCACUUAA